AUGCUGCUCAUGCAACCUCAUUCGCUGGUAACAGUUCAGCUGCAAAAGAAAAGUCAAAAUGACAGCAAAAUAACUACGUACCAGUGAAAAGAUGCAACAUAAACUUGCGUUAAGUAAUAAAGUGUGGAAAACUUUAUUUAAUGCGCAAAAUUGCAUAGAAAAUUAGGAAAGAAAGUUAUUUUGAUAAGUGAAUGACAUAAUGUGAAAGAUUAGAGUGCAAAUAAAUCAGUAGCUGUUCAGGAAAAAGCUUCUAAAAAUUCGUGUGGUUUUGGAGUGGUCGUUAUAAAAUACCUAUAAAUGUGUAGUUCGGAUGAAAAAUAAAACUGAUUUUUGGUAUAUGUUCAUAUAUGUGAUAACAAAAUGUGCUUAUCAAAUAUUUCCGCAAUAUAAUUUGUGUGAAGAUACUGUUGUAAGCUCUCGAGUCGAAAAAAAGCAACAAGCAUUGGCUCUUGCUGAUAAAUAGAUAAAAAAAAUAAGCCAUCAAAUAUCGUAUACAGAAUGUUUGGAAAUGUGUGAAGAGAAAGAAAAGAGGAAGUUUUAAAGAAUUCAUUGGGCGUAAUUUCGCUGAGUUUAAAAUAUGCUUGCCAAAUAGAUAUUAAAAAGUAUGCAGCUACUUCGAAAAUAGUAGUUGGUUUUUUUUUUUUAAUUAUAAAGUGGAAGCUAUUUAAAAAUCCCUCUAUGGAUUAAUCUAAUUUGGGCACAUGCAGAACUUUUACCAUCGUAGCUUAAGCAACAACCUUCCAUGCGUCUACUUCGUCUUCAAAACAACCCAAAACGCUUAGUUACUUUGUGAAUAAAAUUUUGAAAAUAUUUAAAAUGACCGAAAUCAAUUCGUUGCGGCAUACAGUGCUGAUUUCCCUGCCGCUAAUGCUGCUACUCAUCCUGCUAUCAAAUUUGGCGGGUUGGACACAGGGCGCCGUUUUGCCUGAUGGCCAUAGAAUCGACUGUGAACACUAUGAUGAAAAGAAUUGCACCACAGAGGGUGAUUGCGCGAUCAAAAUAGAGCAUUGCAAGGUGGAGUCGGACAAAACAUCCAGCUGCUAUGUGCUUUGGUCCAUGGAUAGCGCCACAGGUGAAACAAAAAUGAAAAUGAAGGGUUGCUUUACAAACAUGCACGAAUGCAACCAAACGGAGUGUAUUACAAGCGCAGAGCCCCGUUCAAAUAACAUAUAUUUUUGCUGUUGCAAGGGUUCUAUGUGCAACACUGAACACAGGUGGAUCCCCACCACCACCGAGGCAACCACCCAAGUGCCAAAGGAAAAGACAACCGAUAAUACCAACGUGAUUUACAUAAUUGUCUGCGCAGCUGUGUUCGUUUGUUUGGCGCUUUUAAUGACGCCAUUUGCAUUUUGUUACUAUCGCAAGCGUAAGCCGACCAAUUUCAAUGAAAUACCAACGAAUGAAACGGAAGCUACAAAUGCCUCGCCGCUACUCAACAACCGGCCAAUACAUUUGUUGGAACUGAAAGCCAGCGGACGUUUCGGUGAUGUUUGGCAAGGCAAGCUGCACAGCCAGGAUGUGGCCGUUAAGAUAUUUCGCAUGCAGGAGAAGGAGUCUUGGAAUACAGAAGUGGAUAUUUAUAAGCUGCCACGUAUGCGCCAUCCAAACAUCUUAGAGUUUCUUGGCUGCGAAAAGCACACGGAAAAAGUGCAACUUGAAUAUUGGCUCAUCUCGGUGUAUCAUCCGAAUGGCUCACUCUGUAAUUACUUGAAAUCGCAUACGCUGUCUUGGUUGGAGUUGUGCAAAAUCGCCGAAUCUAUGUCACAAGGUUUGAUGCAUUUGCACGAAGAAAUACCGGCUGGCAAAGCAGACGGUUUGAAGCCAUCCAUAGCACAUCGAGACUUCAAAUCAACCAAUGUUCUGUUAAAGGGCGACUUGACGGCGUGCAUUGCUGACUUCGGCUUGGCUAUGGUGUUCCAGCCGGGCAAACCAUGUGGCGAAACGCAUGGUCAAGUUGGCACACGUCGCUACAUGGCGCCAGAGGUGCUUGAGGGCGCUAUUAAUUUCAAUCGAGAUGCGUUUUUGCGCAUCGAUGUGUAUGCGUGCGGCUUAGUGUUGUGGGAGAUGGUGUCGCGCUGCACUGCUGUGGGACCUGUUGGCGAUUACAUGCUGCCAUUUGAAGCUGAGCUUGGAUUACGUCCUACACUGGAUGAGAUACAAGAUACUGUAGUCACGAAAAAAUUGCGACCGCGCUUACUAAAUACAUGGCGUACGCAAGCUGGACUCAACAUUUUUUGUGACACCAUGGAGGAGUGCUGGGAUCACGAUGCCGAAGCCCGCCUCUCCUCAUCCUGCGUCAUGGAGCGUUUCGCACAGUUGUGCAAAUAUACAACAACACCGCUGCUCAUCGAAAACAACACCAAUUGCGAAGAGGAGCGUCUCACUUCGAAUUGCUUAUAGAAAAGGUAUUAAAUCACUUCGAGGCCAUUGAAGUGAUUGCCAGAGCAUGAGAACAAGUUAAUAAUAUUGCUAAAUUUAAAGAGUACAUACAUAGAGUUAAGACGAUUUAUGAUUACAAUUUACGAUAUAUGUAUAUGUAUAUGUAAACACGUUUGCUACUGCAUUCACACAUGCAUCAUAUCCACACACACAUACAUAUACAUAUAUAGAGUAUAUUUAGCGUAAUGAUUGAUACAUUUUAAAGUGUACAUUUGAUAGUUUUACGUUUACUAAAUAGACAGCUAAGUGAAUAGUAUGACAAGUUUGGCGUUCGGCUUAAAGUUUGUUGAUAAUUACGUUAAUUACACGUACAUACAACACACACACACACACACACACACACACAUACACACAUAAACUCACAUGAUUGAAAUAUCUUAAUGAAAGGAGAAAAUAGCAAAAACGUUAAGCAAUUCUGUUAAAAGAGAAAAAAAGAAAAGAAGAAGAAAAAAUAUUUAAUAAUGCAGCAACAUUUAUAAAAACAAAAAAAAAAUAUGUAAAAAAGUUAUAAUUUACACGACUGACGUUUAUUAAAAAAAAGAAAAAAAAAAAUAUAUACACACACACACAUGUAUAUUAGUUAAUUGUAUUUAGUGUACACUGACUUUGACGCUAUACGAGCAUUUUAUUUUGUUGACGCUAAAUAUUUUUUGUGCCUUUUUCUGUUAUCUAAUUAUGUAAUUUCAUGAACACCAUAUUUGCGCGCGCACCUUCUUCUACCAUACAUACAUACAUACUUACAUACAUACAUACAUACAUACAUAUGUUAUUUGCAUACGCAUUUUAUACAUUUAUUUCAGCAUAAUCAUUUAUUUGUAAGCUAAAUUUUAAGUUUGAUUCAUAAUUUUUUACUCUCUAAUUUUAAGUUUUAGUUUUUAAAAUGGCACGUGCGAGUUUGUUUACGCUGCGCUGCAAAAUUAAAAGUGUCUAAACGCAGAAGUUUUGAUAAUCUUGCACACGGCUAAAUUAUUAGGUUCCAGUUGGAAUAAAAAAAAAUUAAUUUUGAUUUCA